GUCUCUCUGUCGUCGAGAUGGCCGGAAGAUCGCCCCCAUUACUCCUCCCAACAGCAGUGUAUCGCGCAGUGCUGUUCCUGUGGCUACUGGAGGGGCUUGUAAGCGGCUUUUUCGUUGGCACGCUACGUGUCUCGCUGCCUCGAGCUAAACAUGUGGCACAGCAUGGCAGCGCCGACUUCGGCCAACGCGGAGGAGCAGCAGCACCUGCGGUGUCAAUGCCGGUGUUGGUCGGACAGAGGCGUUGCAAUGCAGGGAGUGCUGCACUUGCUGCGGCUAGGGAUGUGGCUCCCGAAGAAGAGGUCGAGGAAGAAAUCGCUUUCAACACCGAGAUGUUGACGGUAGAAGAGGGGGAGGGAGGCAAGCGCCUGGACUCGUUCCUUGGCGCCCGCAUGCCAGAACAAUCAAGGAGCUACUUCGGGGGGCUUUGCCAGCUGGGCAUGGUGCUAGUGGGGGGGAAGACGGCAAAGAAGAGCGUGAAGGUGGAGGAAGGACAAGAGGUUGAGGUCCGGUUUAUCAUCAGCCCGGAGCUUUCUCUGCAGGGGGAAGACAUCCCGCUAGACAUCCUAUACGAGGAUGACGAAAUUAUCGCCGUCAGCAAGCCGGCGGGAAUGGUGGUCCACCCGGCCCCCGGUAGCUGGAACGGCACGUUCGUCAACGCGCUGGUCUUCCACCUCGAAAAAUCGGGUGCGGACGGGAACGGACUGGGAGUGGCAGAGGCGGCGUUCCAGUCGGUGCCAGAUGGAGAGCACAACCCAAGCCUUCGGCCGGGUAUCGUUCACCGGUUGGACAAGGGGACGACCGGCGUUCUUCUCGCGGCGAAGAACCCCACGAUGCAGGCGAAGUUGGCCGAACUGUUCGCUCAGCGACGGAUAUCGAAAUCCUACCUCGCGGUCUGCGUGGGCAACCCCGGCAAGGCCGCGACGAUCGACGUACCCAUCGGCCGGCACCCCAGAGACCGGCAGCGCAUGGUGGCGGUGCCUACCAUCCAGCCCAACAUCCGGUCGCGCCGGGCGUUGUCGGUGGUGACGACGGUGGCGUUCGACGGGAAGCUGAGCGUCGCCGAGGUGUCGAUCGAGACCGGGCGAACGCAUCAGAUCAGGGUGCACCUGCAGCACCGACGCACGCCCGUCCUGGGGGAUGAGGUCUAUGGGAACAAUGACUGGAACCGGAGGCUGCGGCAGAGCACGGGGCUCACCAGGCCUCUCCUGCACGCGCGGUCCUUGGAGUUCAAGCACCCCAACACGGGGGAGGUUGUCUCCCUGGCGGCGCCGCUGCCUUCGGACGUGGAGGCGGUCGUUAGGAGAAUAUACCCGCAGGUGGAGGACGAGCAUCCGGAGUGGCUGCAAGACACAACGGCAACAGGAGACGACGAGAGAAAUAGCAGUAGCGUGGAGGGGGGCUCAGCAGAUGAGGACACCGAUUCAUCCGCUGCGGCAAGGAGCGAUGUGGAUGUCCCGGAGGAGUUACGCGAAUACAGAAUAUCGUAACCGAUAGAUUGAGACGGGCAUAGGUAUCUUGGUGCAGAAGUGAUUAGAAACGGCUGUGACAGAAGUCAAACGUAGCACCUUGGGAGUUGCACCCAGAGAACGGGGCGCUACGGCGAGUGUUGAUGUUUUGGGGACUGGUAUGAACAGGGACGGUGAUUUUCAUUUUGGUUGAGACAUCUUGCCAUAAACUACGAUCUGUAGAUU